AUUUUUUAAUUAAAAUUUUAUCUUUUAGUUAGAUCAUAGUUUUUUUUAUUUUUUUUUUUUUCUGUUGCUCCUCCAUCCCAACGUAUCAAACGUUUAAGGUCAACUGGUUACCCUGUUGUUGUAGAGCUCCACCAUGUCUGCUAGGAGAAGACAAAUGGCUCAGCUUCUUGCUCUCUGCUUGUCUGAAUUCUUUCUUCUCUAUACCUUCAGCGCCCAUACUGGUGUUGCAGAUGACAGCCUCUUUCGAGGCCAGUCUCUCUCUGGAGGUCAGACCAUGGUGUCCAGAGGUGGCAAGGUCGAGCUGGGUUUCUUCGCCCCAGGUAACUCUUCCAAGUACUACAUAGGCAUCUGGUACAAGGUGUCCAAGCAACCAGUAGUUUGGGUAGCCAACAGGGAGAAACCUGUUGUCAGUGCUUCAUCUUCAGAGCUCACGCUCGCCGAAGAUGGCAACCUUGUCCUCCGCCUCAAAGACUCGAAGAACCAGAUUUGGUCAUCCAAUUCCUCGAGCUCCCUUGCUUCCAACUCCACUGUCGCAGUGCUUCUUGAUGAUGGUAAUCUCGUUCUUAAAGAUAAUAUAAGUUCUGGCACCUUGUGGCAGAGCUUUGAUCAUCCUACCAACGCAUGGCUCCCUGGAGCAAAGCUCGGAUACAACAAGUUGACAGGACAAGAUUGGUUCCUCACUUCGUGGAGGAACCCAGAAGACCCUUCACCGGGAAUGUUUACUAUGGAGUUGGAUCCGAAUGGCAGCGACCAGUUGAACCUUUUGAGAGAUCGGAGACAUCGCUACUGGGCCUCCGGGCUUUGGACUGGAGACACGUUUAGUGGCAUCCCAGAGAUAAAAUCGAACCACUUCGUCGACUUCAGCCAAGUUUCCAACACGAAUGUGAACGAGUUCAGCUACCGCGUCCGUGACAGCGCCGCCACACACUACAUAAUGCUGGAUUUCACUGGUGAAUUGAGGAGGCAGAGAUGGGAUAAUGACGACAAAGUGAUGUUGCAGUUCUUCUCGCUUCCGAGGGAUCCAUGUGAUGUGGAUGGUCGCUGUGGGCCUUUCGGAAGCUGCAACAACUUCACCUCCGCUCCCUGUCAGUGUUUGCAGGAAUUCAACCCACGGUCUUCGAAUGAAUGGGCACUGGGAGAUCACACCGGAGGGUGCGUCCGAAGAACCCCUCUACGCUGUGGGGAAAGAGAUAGAUUCCUCGAGUUACCCAACACGCAGCCGCCCGCCAACCCUGUGCGCAUGUCAACCAUCGGCGGUCGAGAAGAGUGUCGAACUGCUUGCUUGCGGAAUUGUUCGUGUAUUGCUUAUGCUUAUCACUCCGAGUGUUCGAUUUGGCAGGGCGACCUUCUCAACCUCAAAUCGUUGGGUUCGAGCAACGGAGCAGAACCAGGAGCUGUUUAUGUUCGUGUUGACGCUUCAGAAUUGGCGGAUAAUGAUCAUAAGAACAGGAAAAAAACGGCGACGAUUUUCGUCGGUGCAGUGUCAGGUGUUGCUGCUAUCGCUGUCGUCGUCUUGCUUUUGGCCUCGAGAUACCGCAAAGGGGCAACCGUCGGAGGUUCAGGAGGCGUUCAUGGCCCUCUAAUUGCAUUCGACUAUAAGGUCAUAAAAAAAGCCACCAAGGGCUUCUCCGAGAAACUCGGGCGAGGAAGCUUCGGGUCGGUGUUCAAGGGAGAGCUGCCGGACUCGGGCGCCAUAGCGGUGAAGAGACUGGAGAGCAUAAGGCAGGGGGAGAAGCAGUUCAGGAUGGAAGUGAGCACCAUCGGGACGAUUCACCAUGUCAAUCUGGUCCGUCUCCGUGGCUUCUGCUGCGAAGGUGACAAGAGGCUGCUCGUCUACGACUACAUGCCGAUGGGCUCAUUGGAUUCCGUUCUGUUCGCCGAUGGCCGCGAAGCUUUGGACUGGAAGAAAAGGUACCGGAUCGCGCUGGGGAUCUCAAGAGGCUUAGCGUAUCUUCACGAGAAGUGCAGGGAAUGCAUCAUGCACUGCGACAUCAAGCCGGAGAACAUACUUCUCGACAUGGAUAUGUGUCCAAAGAUCGCCGACUUCGGCAUGGCAAAGCUGCUGGGCCGCGAGUUCAGCCGGGUGCUGACGACGGUGAGGGGGACCAUCGGCUAUCUCGCCCCGGAAUGGAUCACAGGAUCCGCCAUCACUCCCAAAGCGGACGUUUACAGCUUCGGGCUAAUGCUGCAUGAGAUCGUCUCGGGAAGUCGAAACACGGAGACGCGCGAAGAAUGGAAUCGGUUUUACUUCCCUCUUUGGGCUGCAAUCAAAUUGCAAGAAGGCGACACUCUCUGCUUGCUGGAUCCGAGGUUGAAAUGGAAGGUGGACGAGGAGGAGCUGAGUCGAGUGUGUAGGAUUGCAUGUUGGUGCAUUCAGGAUUUGGAGUGCAGUAGGCCGAGCAUGGGAGAAGUGGUUCAGCAACUGGAGGGAGUAUUAGACGUCAGCAUACCGCCCAUCCCUGCCUUGCUAAAGAAGCUUGUGGAUGAUGAGUCGUCUGAGGAUAACUACUACUACACCACCACCUAGAAUACAUAAUGGUAGUAAAACUUGGUGUCCUACGCAUUAUGAAUAAUGUUGUACUAACGUAACACGCCUUAUAUGCUCUGCUGUAGCGUGAUAGUGUUUUAAUUCUACUAUGUCGCGUUGAUUGAAGAAGUUGAGCACAGCUUAAUUAAAUAAAGAAAUAGUUUAUUCUAGUA